GUUGGAAGAGAAUUUGUAUUUGGAAUUUUCGAUAUGGUCGGUAGCUGUUGUCAUGGUUCCAAUAAUAAAAUAUCUGUAGAUAUCACAAACACGUCUCCAAACCGUACGACAGUCAGAUUGCAAAUUCCAUUCCUCAACAACGAUACAAAUUUCUAUAUUCCUACUGGAGAAAAGAAAACUGUUCUAAUUGAUCCUUCAAUACAGCGUGACGGUACGUUUAAAGAUUCUCGUGGCAUUAAAAUAUCUGCUGAUCACGACAUAAGUGUUCUUGUGACUAAUGCAUUUAACAAUUCUAACAAUAUUGAUUCAUAUAACAUUUUACCAAUAACUGAGCUAGGUAACGAGUACAACAUCUAUUCCUAUUUAGGAACGGUCAACUUCAGAGGAAGUGAAAUGCUUGUAGCUGCAGUAAAGAACAACACAAAAGUAACGUUAAUGAAUCAAACUGAUGUCAUUCAAUCAAUCAUAUUGAACGAAUUUGAAAUAUUUCAAUACCUUUACAGCCAAGGUGAUCUUACAGGAACACACGUGAACUCAGAUAAAAAUGUUUAUGUUGUGAGUGGUUCAACACACACGGGUAUUCCGUCUGGUUCUACAGAAUACAUUGCUUCUGAAAUAUUUCCCGUGUCAUCAUGGUCAAACAGUUACAUUAUACCACCAGUGCUUCCAAAAUCAGCUUUUAUAAUAAGAAUAGUAACAAACUCUUCCAGAGAUGUGACUUUAGCCAAUUCAACGCGAACAUACAAAUUAAAUCCAUCUUCUAUAAAGGACCAAUACUUUGGCACUGAAGCAGUUGUAGCAACAUGUGAAAGCCCGUUUUCCGUUACACAAUAUGGAGUGAAUUAUGCAUAUGGCAGCAUAGCCGGCGACCCUUUUAUGGUAGCGGUACCCGGUGUAGAUACGUAUAUUAAUGAGUAUAUUUUCACAGUUCCGCACGAGUAUUACUCGGUGAAAUAUCAUGCAGCAAUCAUCGUACCGAAAACUGGUAUAGCUGGCCUGGUGUUGGACAAUCGUUCGAUACAAUCAUAUAACUCAGCAGCUAUUACAGUGCCAUCACCUUUUGACGAAUUUAAGAUUUUCACUUUUCCUAUCAAUGAAGGCUACCACCACUUCUAUCAUCCAGUUCGCUCGAUUAAAUACGGCGUGUUUAUUUACGGACAUGGCAAUUAUUUGAGCAACAGUUUUUAUGCUGGCUAUGAUUUAAGACGAACAAAAAUGUGUUAUAGUUGUGACGAUCUUAGUCAUAUAGAUCUUUGUGAUACAGUGAAACAAUGUAACAGUCAAGAGGUAUGUUAUGUUGAACGAUACAAAGACGGCGGUCAAAUCAAAUACAAAUCAGGAUGUUUGCCACAAAACACUUGCGAAUCUAAACGGAAUGAAUCAACAUAUUCGGAUGGCAUUUGUUUUGAAUGCUGUUGCGGUAGUUACUGUAAUAACCAAGGAUGCGGUGAAAAUGGAAUCCCUAACAGAGAUAAACGUGGGCCUAUCUGCUUUGACUGUCAACAUGUUUCCUCUCCUGACGAGUGUGUCAACAUUACUCCAUGUGAUUCAAACCAGGUUUGUCGCAUUGAGGAGUUCAAAUGGUUUGAUCACUCGCACUACAAACUUGGUUGUGGACACGGAUUGUGUGACCCUGUCAGCAGGAAAAGAAGUCAUGUGUUUAAGAGAUCUACACCAGUAUGUCAGUCAUGUUGCACUGAUGACUAUUGUAACAAGUACUGUACAGCCUCUACACAAGAUCAAACUGGAGCAGUGAUAGUUGGAUAGCAGUAGAUGUCUUGCGUCUCUUUGUCAGCGGUAAUUUGGUCCAUUUAUUGAAUAACUCUGAACUUUGUUUAACAUUCAUAUUUGUUCAAUAAUAAGACACUGAGCAGAAAGCGUUAUGUUGUAUUCUUUUUUUGUAAACUGGGCUCCAUAUUCUAUUCUAUAAAUUAGGACGAUCAAUAAAAUGGCGUAUCAUUAUCCAAGAAAUGGCAUUUUACUAAAUUUCAUCAUAAAGGCAAGCUUUAGUAUCUCUACGAACAAUCAUCUGAAAAGUCCAGAGAACCAAAGAAAUUUACGUUCGAACCCGAAUUUUUUUUACAUUUAUUUAUUAAAUAUUGACCAUAUUAUCCACUUCAAAUAUAAUCAAAU